ACGAAAAUUGGGCCGACGAAGGGCCUGGAUUUAAGGCGAUAAAUGUGCCUGGUUUGGGAAAGGUUGGAUUUGGUAUAUGCAUGGAUCUUAAUCCUUAUAAAUUCACGGCUCCAUUUGAUGCCUAUGAAUUCGCGAAUUUUCAUCUUCAUCAACAAACUGACAUCAUACUUUGUUCGAUGGCCUGGUUGUUAAAUAAUAGUGAAACUUCGAUCGUGGAUUAUUGGCUUCAACGUUUAUUCCCUUUGAUCAAUGAUGCUGAAUAUAAAGGUUUCAGGCCAGAUGUGCGUAAUCCGGAAACUGCAAUAAAACGUAACGUUUUGUUCGUUGUAUGCAAUCGCACUGGAACAGAAGAAGGCACAACUUUUGGCGGGAGCAGCACCGUUGCGUCCAUAUCGCCUCGUGGUGAAAUUCACAUGUUGGGUUCGUUGGGAAUACACCAAGAAGAUGUUAUUGUAGUUGACGUUCCGUCUCUGUGA